CGCUUCCCCCGACAGGAAGCAAGGAAACAGCACCACCGCUGUCGCACCGCACCGCACCGCAUUGGUUUCAAAGCAGUUCCACACUCCAUAACGCAACGGAUUGCAAAGCAGUUCCACACUCCACAACGCAACGGAUUGCAACAACCACUCCUCACCGAUUUUUCAUACCAAAAACCAUGGCAGGAAGGGUAAUCGGAAGCGACGACGACGAACGGGUCCGAAAGCGAAAGGGGACCAGGGAUCCCCCUCAACAGAAUGGCAUGGGUGUCGGAUACGGCGCCGGUCGCAGCAACGGAACUUCUGGCCACAAGACAAAGAAAAAGGAGCGUGUCAGACGCAAGUCCUCACCGAUCUCCCGGUGGAUGAUGGCCCUUCAAACGUCUCGAUCCCCCGCCUUUGUGGGUCUCGCGGUCGUUGCCUCCGGAAUCCUUCUCGUCGUGACCCUGAUAUCAGCAACCUUCGGAGGGAACAAGUGCAUCGAGAGCCAUCUCAAUGGCAUUUCGGGAAACGUUUACACUUGGUGCUACAAGCACAAUAGCAAGGGCGGAAUUUCAAGCAGGGUCAGAAGAUCUCUCGGCGCGCAAACUAACGACAUUGAGGUCGAGAGGGUCGUUCUUGUCGAUGGCCACGCCGCCCAGAACAAGAAAGAAUUCUUGAAAGCCAUCGGAACCCACGAGGAUUUGUCACACGAUAUCGUAUCGGAAGAACAGAGCGAAAUCUGUUACGCCGACCUUGGCAUACUCGGCGAUAGGAUGGACGAUACACGUGUCUAUCACUCGCCCGCGAUCGGUCCGUGCCACCACGAUUACGGCCUGUCGUUUGUACCCCUCGCGGGGAGCUACGAGGAGGCAAUAGAGUUCUACUUCUUCCGGGAUUCGUUACGUUCGAGAUACACCGACCGGGUUAAGUGCUUCCAACAGUGCAUCAAGAGUGCACUGACCGAACGCCGGGACGACGCAACGGAGGGCAAGCACCACGGCCAUCUCCACGUACCCGACCAGCCGAAGAAGCUGGCGAGGGACGAACGGGCCCUCUUCGAGAUCGAGCCGUACGAACGGAUUCCCGUCGACAACGUCAUGCUGAUCGAGGCGGCCAAGAUCGGAAUGACCCUUGCGGUGGAAAAGCUCUUCCUGCAGUACGGACUGGAUCCCCUCUACCGACAGGUCGAAAACAAUCCGGGCAACAGCAGGAAUUUCAACGCCAUCCAGGAAGCAAUUCGUGGCGGAUACGCCGAAAUCGUUGCGAUCCUGACCCGGGGGGACAACUCGAUUGUCAUUGACGAGUACGGCCGGACGGUGGAAGACUACGUCAGGAUGAGCGGAUCCCCCGUCCGCCCCAUCGACGCCAAGAACGUCCUCGGCAUCGAGGUCGAGGAAGGCACCGAAAAGAGGCCUGUGCAGAAGGCAAAAGCCCCCAGAAAGGAAUCUGGCUGGGACGAGACCGCCGCCGAUCCGUACAACGAACAACGAUGCGACUUUGACAUUGUCGACGGUGAUUUGGACCCGAUGGUCUUUUACAAAGAGUACUUUAUGACGGGACGCCCCGUCGUAUUGAGGGGGCAAGCCCCUCAGAUGGAACUCGACAUGUUCUCGAAAGAACGAUGGUACAAAUCCAAAAGGUUCAACCCCGACAAGGCCUUUCAAGUGGGUCCCACCGCUUAUCCCUCGCUCACUCAACAAAAAUACUGCGAAAAAGAAAUGUCUAUCAACGAUAUAGAACAGGGAAAAGUUUGCGAGGAAAUGCCAGAGAAACCGAUGGUUCACGCAUUUCAUCCCGACGAAGAAGAUUUAAUGUAUCUGUACCCCGUUUUCGAAGGGGAUGUCUUGGACGAGAGGGGGGGCUUCCGGUCAAUCAAGCAUUUUUUCCCUCUCGUUGAGCAAUGGGGAGAUGCCAAUUGGCAGGUCUUUUUUGGCGGCGAUGGCUCCGGCGCCACCUUUCAUUGGCACGAGGCUGCCUUUAAUAUUCUGUACGUGGGGGUGAAGGAGUGGAAGAUCGCUCCGCCUCUCUACAGAGGACUCACGGGCAUGCCGGCGCAACGCGUCGCGGAAACGUUGGAUCCAAAGAUCUCCCUUACGUGCGUCCAGCAUGCGGGGGACAUGUUUUACAUCCCGAAUUUCUGGGGCCACAGCACAUACAAUCACGGAUUCACAAUUGGUGCAGCCGCCAUUGUACAGGACUGGUACCAGAAUGGCGGCGCUUCGUACAGGGGAGACGCAUGGGAGAACUACGAACAAGCGCAAGAGGAGGAAGAGGAGGAAGAAGAGGAAGAGGAGGAAGAAGAGGAAGAAAAGGAGGAGGAGGAGGAAGAUGAGGGCAGCCCUCCGUUCCUGUUCGUGCACAUUAACAAAACCGGCGGCACAAGUCUCAUACACAUGUUUGGAGACCGUUGCGAGGAAGAAUACUGGGGGGAGUACUGGUAUGACAGCGACGGCGAGUUCCACCGUGCAUUCCACGCGACGGCUCACGCCUAUAUCGAGAGAUACGGGAGGGAGGCCUGGGACAACGCGUACAGCUUUACCGUCGUUCGGCACCCCCUUGCCAGGCAGGUGUCGAAUUUCUUUUUCCUUGCCAGCAUGGGGUGCGACAAACCGAACAACAAGUGUGCCGAGAGAUUGAUCCCAACGCUGGACCUCGACGCCAUGUCGGACGAAGAGAAAAUCGAGGCCUUUCACACAUGGCUCGCGAAGAUCUAUGAGGCCUUUCCCCCGGGAAGUCCCGAUCACUAUAGAUUCGGUGCUGCCGGGCAUGGAAACGAAGUCUACGAUACUUUUGGUGCCUCUCAGACGAGCUGGAACGUCGACUCCGAAGGCAAGUACGUGACCAAAGACUUUUACAAGCUCGAAGAGCUUAGCAAGGACAUAACGAAACUCGCCGAAAACAUUCCCUGCCUAAAGAAUGGUCCCCUGGAGAUGGACAAGAAGAACAAGACUUCGAACUACCCAAAUUAUAUGCUCUUUGCCAAGGACGAGAAGACGAAACAGAUAAUCAACGAGGUCUUUGCGGAAGAUUUCAAGAACUUUGGAUACGAUCCAUUAUAACCAACCAUCAAUAGAUUUACCGACGAAUGCGAUGCAAAGGAGCAGGGUAAACACUCUACCCACCCCUUCCUAAGUUCUGUAUUGUGAGGGACUUAGCAGACAUUGUAUCCAAAGACUUUGAAGAAGGGAAAUAAUUCACCGACUAAAGUAAUGCACAACCA